AUGGGAUUUCUGAAUUAUUUUUUUAGCAAUAAACACAAAGGUUAAAUAAACAAUUGAAAUGAAGAUGAAGUAAAAAUAUACAUUAAAUACUUUAGUAUAAUACUUAUUUCGAGUGUAUCCAAAAAAAUAAAAUUAAAUAUGGAUUUAUGAUUAACAUCUAACAUCCCCAAUCUGGAAAAUUGCAAUUUCAGAGUUUUGGGUUGAGAAUUGCAUUAUAUUUGAUGAUGAAGAUCAAUAUAAGAGAAAUAUAAUUAAUUUAAAGAAUUGA